UCACACACCGUCAAAAUGGUUGCCGCCUGGAAAUCCGCUGGUUUGACCUACAACCGCUACCUGGCCGUUGCCGCCCAGGCUGUUCGCCGAUCUCUCAAGGAGGGCCCCCGUGUCGCUGCUGAGCGCCGUGGCCUGAUGGAGCUGCGUUUUGCCAAGUGGGAGAACGGCAAGCAGGGCGAAUUCAAGAAUCUUGGCCAGGCCAACAACGAGGCCAUGGCCGCCAACUCCGGGUCGAAAUAAACGCCUCUUUCCUCGAAACCACUUGUUGCGAUGAUAUAAGGUGUAUUGUGGGAGAAGGCAGGGUCCACGGGGGAAGUGUUGUCUGUUGGUAGAGAACUGGAUCCUCUGUAGCAUAUUUGAGCCCGUUGACCAAGUUAAAUAGAGAAGGCUUUUUCCUCCCUAA